CGUCUCGUGAAAAGACGUAUUUUACUCAGAAAGAAAUAUUAAUCAUAAGUGUUGUGACAUACACAGUUACCUUAGGAUUUAUUAUUAGAGCUCUAAAAAUAAUCGCUGACGAUUUUUUAGUGUAGUUAAAGAUGUCUACUCCAGCUAGAAGGCGACUCAUGCGAGAUUUUAAGCGGCUCCAGGAGGAUCCUCCAGCCGGCGUCAGUGGAGCUCCAUCUGAGAACAACAUCAUGGUGUGGAAUGCAGUUAUAUUCGGUCCAGAGGGAACACCUUUUGAAGAUGGUACCUUCAAACUCACAGUUGAAUUCACAGAGGAAUAUCCAAACAAGCCCCCAACUGUGCGGUUUGUCUCAAAAAUGUUUCAUCCAAAUGUGUAUGCUGAUGGCAGUAUCUGCCUAGAUAUUCUUCAGAAUCGGUGGAGUCCAACUUAUGAUGUUUCUUCUAUUCUGACAUCAAUUCAGGACUUGACUUUAUAA